AUGGGCCGGCGACCAAGCCACAUGUCCAACGAGUCUUCCGCGGCUCCUUCCUCUGCCGAAUCAUCCGACAGGACACCGGGGCACGAAGACGAGAACGCGCAGACUUCGACGCCGUACCGGGGAAGGUCCAGGCAGAUGCUGCCUGUGCGGUCCAUGGACCUGAAGGUGGCAUGGAAGCUUCACGCCAAGGAGGUCACGCGAGAGCUGGGCACGCUCAGCGCGGCCGACAAACGGAUCCAGCCGCUCCUCCGGCUUGUCUACCGGAGUCGCUUGGACUAUGUCUGGGAACUCCUGGACGAUCCCGCCUCCAGCAGAUGGGCAUGGCGCGUGUCCCAGUUCUUGAAGAUGCUGGUGAUAUUCUCAGUGCUGAUCUCCAACUUGGAGACCACAAAGCCACCCAUGUUGGACCGGAACCUAGUGGUGGUCCUGCAGAUCAGCUUCGACGCCGUGUUCUUGGUGGAGUUCCUGUGCCGCAUCUUGUCCGCGCCUUCGAAGAGAUCCUACCUGCGUGAUCCAUUGAAUUGGGCCGACAUGCUGUCUGGAUUAGGUCUGCCCCUCAGGGCAAGCGUGGGCUUUGGUAUUGAAGGCCUCGGUCGUGUCGGCUGGGGAAUGGAGACGAUCCAACUCAUACUGCUAUACUUCCUACCACUUGCGCGCCUCCUCAAGCUCCUGCGAUACUUUGAUUCUUUGAGGCUCCUGAUUGACGCAUGCGUCAACUCGGCAGAGGCGUUGCCUGUCUUGGCUUACAUGCUGGCAGUGAUGGUCCUUUUUUCUGCGACAAUCAUCUACUUGGUCGAGUCGGAGGACAACAUCCCAACCCUGCAACAUGCUCUCUGGCUGGCAAUCGUGACGGUCACAACCGUCGGCUACGGGGACUACUUUCCCAAGUCUCCGUGGGGCUAUCUGUGUGUUUCAGUGCUCACGUUUAUCAGCGUGCUUUUCCUGGCCCUGCCGGUGGGCAUUGUGGGCCACGAGUUCACUCAGUCCUGGCUGUCGAGACGGCGCGUCAUCCUCCAGACGCGGGUUCGCCGCUGCCUGAACAAGUGGGGGUACACCGCCGGUGACCUGCAGAUGCUCUUCGAGUAUGCCGAUGCAGAUGGAGAUGGCAGCCUUGCGCUCGUUGAAUUCAUUGAGCUCGUUCGGCAGAUGAGAAUCGGUGUCAGUGCGGAGGCAGCUGCUGAACUCUUCACGAUGUUUGACAGCGACCAGAACGGGACCUUGGAUCGCACGGAGGUGCUGCGCCAUCUGUUCCCGGACGAGUACGUCCGGGAGAAGCACCUGAUGCACCAGGCUUCCUUGGAAGUCUCGAAGCACCGGAUCGGUCAGGCGCUCGACCAGUGGGGCUCCAGCCGUCUGUCGGCAGAUGAUCCCAUGAAGCCACCAGUGGAGCCUCCUGUGGUGGAACCUCAGCCCAGUGAUGGGCCCCUGGAAAGCCAGAUCGACAUGCCUGUGUUCGUAGGACGAGAUGAGCCUGAUCCCGUCUGCGAGCAGACGGUCUGA